UGUUGCCAGGCAACCAGCAGCUCGGCGAUCGGUCUCACCUGCUGCUGCGGGCCCGCAUCGGUGUUAGUCCCCCGAGCCAGAGCACGCGGGACGGUAACCCUUCUCCCGGUGGAUACUAGCUAACUAACCGCGGGCUCCAUGGGUAACGGCUACAGGUUUACAGGGCUAAACCGAGCCGUUCACCAUGUGUUAGGAAAGAAGGCCAGGAGAAUUUAUCACAAGACGAUUGGGACAUGUCCGAAAGUUCUUCAGGUGUGAACACUCUCAGUGGCAGUUUUCCCAAAUCCCACUCAUCCCAGUACUCUGACCUCGGGAUUACACGCAGACCUCUCUCCGUAGACCAGAGUCCUGAUUCUGGACUUGUAGCUACACCUCUUCCUUCAAGUCGGUUCCGAUUUGUGUCGUGGAAUCGUCUGGAGCAGUGUGAUGUCACGGGUGACCAGCUGACCUGCCCCAGGGUCAGAGAAGGACCAUCAGAAGAGCUGUUACAAAGAGAGAGGGAUGACAUUUGUUUGGAGAGAGGGAGGAGAAGGAGAGAGGAGGAAGGACAAAGAUGGGAAGAUAGACUGCAAGAGAAUUGGGAAAACUGUCUGGAGUUAAACCUGUCCUACCAAGACUUGGGGGACCCCUUCCAGCAAGAGAAUUUCCUUCGGAUCCUCCGCCGGUUAUUCCGUGUGGAGAAACUACAACUGGUUGACAAUUCCCUCACCAACCUAAGCUCUGUACGUCUGCCAAGGUGCAAAAUGCUAAAUCUGCACCGCAACCACCUGGUGUGUCUACGUCAGCUGCCAAAGCUCCCAGCAGUGGAGCACCUCUGUCUGUCUGAGAACGCCAUUGGCUCCCUGGGGGGACUGGGAGCUCUAGGGAACACCCCCCUUCGCUCCCUCAACCUAACCCGCAACCCGGUGACCUUCACUCAGGACUAUCGAGCACGUGUUUUCCUCUGUUUGCCAAAGCUAGAGAUCCUGGAUGGAAUCCCCAAGCUGCCAGAAGACUCUCAGCCCCCCAGACCACUGUUCUCCGAAACUACCAGGAUGUGUAACAUUUUAUGACAAUUCUCUCAAUGCGUGGAUGCGUAUGGAAUCACUUCUCCCAAUGCUACAACACUUGACUCAAUGACAAAGAUUCAGCAAAGCACUCUUCAGCAAACUUUGAGGUUGCGCUAAUGGUUUCAUAGAGCUGUUCAAAUUAUUGACACAAAUCGUGUCUCGACUGUUGCCGAAAAACAACUGACAAUGCCAUCACAGGAAAUGUAACAGUAAUCUACUCCAAGGCCAUGCAAAAUACUUUUUUAUAUUGAG